GAGUUUUCCCUCUUUCUGACAGCUCACCAGUCAGCACAGAAGUUCAGCAGACAAGGACAUACCCUCCCACAAUGUCCUACAGACGAGAGCUGGAGAAAUACCGUGACCUGGAUGAAGAUGAAAUCCUGGGGGCCCUGACAGAGGAAGAGCUCAGGACGCUGGAGAACGAGCUGGACGAGCUGGACCCAGAUAAUGCACUGCUCCCUGCAGGCCUGAGGCAGAAGGAUCAGACCACCAAGGCACCCACAGGUCCCUUUAAAAGAGAGGAGCUUUUGGACCACUUGGAAAAGCAAGCGAAGGAAUUUAAGGACCGAGAAGACCUGGUUCCCUACACAGGGGAGAAACGAGGAAAGAUCUGGGUUCCCAAACAGAAGCCAAUGGCUCCCGUGCUGGAGAGUGUUACCCUGGAGCCAGAGCUGGAGGAAGCCUUAGCGAAUGCCUCGGAUGCGGAACUGUGUGACAUUGCAGCUAUCCUGGGCAUGCACACGCUCAUGAGCAACCAGCAGUACUACCAGGCCUUGGGCAGCAGCUCCAUCGUGAACAAGGAGGGACUUAACAGUGUGAUUAAGCCCACACAGUACAAGCCUGUGCCUGAUGAAGAGCCAAAUUCAACAGAUGUAGAGGAAACGCUGGAGCGGAUAAAGAACAAUGACCCAGAACUUGAAGAGGUUAAUCUCAACAACAUCCGGAACAUCCCGGUCCCCACCCUCAAGGCGUAUGCGGAGGCCCUGAAAGAGAACACCUAUGUGAAGAAAUUCAGCAUCGUGGGCACCCGCAGCAACGACCCCGUGGCGUUUGCUCUUGCUGAAAUGCUGAAAGUGAACAAGGUGUUAAAGACACUGAACGUGGAAUCCAACUUCAUUUCUGGAGCUGGGGUCCUGCGCCUGGUGGAAGCGCUCCCACACAACACUUCUCUGGUGGAACUGAAGAUUGAUAACCAGAGCCAGCCCUUGGGCAACAAAGUAGAAAUGGAGAUUGUGAACAUGUUGGAGAAAAAUACAACGCUACUCAAGUUUGGCUACCACUUUACCCAGCAGGGGCCCCGGCUGCGCGCAUCCAAUGCCAUGAUGAGCAACAAUGACCUUGUGAGGAAGAGGAGGCUCGCAGACCUGACGGGGCCUAUUAUUCCCAAGUGCCGCAGCGGUGUCUAGGGUGCAAAGGGAAGCCACGCCUGUGAACUGGACAUGUUCUGCUGAUCAUCUGUGUUCCCCAAUGGAGACCAUCAAACAAACACUGGCGUGGACUCUUGUGGUUCAGUUCUUUGUGCACUAAGGUUUAGGUUAACUAGUGACUGUAGUUGGACCUUUUAUAAAGUAUGGUUAAUGUGAAGUUUUUUAGUCACAGAAGUUAAAUCUGGUAAUUAUUUAAAAGUGAAGAAGCCCUUAAACUGGCCUAUCUUGCUGCAGAUAGCAUGACCAUGGCAGUUAACAGCCUGGGAGUCCCCUUGGUGACCACACUUUGUUGUUUAGGUGCAUUUACAACAUGGAAUGCAUCAACACAGAGCACUCGUCCCACUUAGUUUAGAAGAGCUAUGAAACACUUUAUUAGAUUGGAUUGUAGCAACUCAGUAAAAAGAACAGAUAAUCAUGAUUUUUCAAUCUCACUUGAAACUUUAACCUCAAGAUUAAAGUUGCCAAAUUGAUUCCAGGAUCACCCCACCCCACCUACCCAAAAAAAAAAAAUGAAAGACAAGCUACAGACUCUUCUAAGAGUCAGAGAGACACAGGAUUCCUUCUGGCAGGUAAGAGAAAGGAGGAGGAAAAGGCAAUGGUGAAAUUUCAAGUCUCAAACCCAGCAGCCCAGGCUCAGCCAUAUUCCUGAGUGAACUCUGUGAACACCUGGGGUGAACUCACUGCAGUCAGAAUCAUUCUUUAUUGAAUGCCAACUCCAUGAUGGAUGAGAACUUAACAGCCACAUGAAAACACCUUCCUAUACCACAGUGGACAAACAGCUUAUGUGAGAUCAACAGCACCGGGUGAAUUUC